CUUCUUAAGCCGUCGACACCCCAUUGGCUUCCAUAAACAUUCAAGUGAAGUUGUUGUAUCUUGUUUUGUUUUUACUAUCGGUGGUCGGCAAGAGUGAGCGCAGGUAACUCGGGCUCGACAUCGAUUUCCUAUAACAGAGACAACAGAUGUUAUCAUAUCACGAUAUGACUGCUCAGGCGAGCCACACGGAAAUGCAACGUGCAUCAACUGCCGUCAACUUCCGUUAUACACACUUCGUGAUGCUUUGCAUUGACCACAAUGGAGAGCUUCGUGUCGAAGCGUCACCAUCUAUCGCUGGUUGCGAAAAGGCAAUCUUUACUGAGGAUGUGCAGGACCGAUUCCUGAAGUCGGUCGCCACCACGUGGCAGCCCAAUCUGCAAAGUCUCCAUGCCAACACACUGGGUCACAUGAACGGCGAUGUCACGGGGAAGCCAAUGCUCAUGUCAAGUCCGUCCCUCGGACUGCAACCCACUUGGUAUCAACCGGGCUUACCCAGACAACCCGGACUUAUUCCUUGUGAAUGGCAGUCGCUGCAGAAUAAGCGUCAUAGGCGCAGUUUGAGACACGAACUUUCGGGCAUGGGAUUGGAUCUCGACUCCGCUUCACCUACCCCGACGCUAAGACGUACCGCUCUUCGGCUUGGGCAAACAGAGCUCCUGCGACGCUAUUACGAGAAAGCAUUCGAAGCUUUCCAGCAGUUAAACUGCAGAGUCGUUGCAAAGGCCUAUGUCAAGCUGGUGGAGCCGCGCAAGCAGGUCAACCAUCCGUACAAUGGACGGAGGGCUGCGGGAGGAUCGUCGCAGAAGAUGGACUCCGAAUUGACUAAGCCGGAAUGGUGGCCUACUGGGGUGACGCAUAGAGAGCCUGACCAUCUUCAAAAGGCUGAGAGAAUCAGGCUGCUUGUCCAUAUUUUGUGCGAGUUGAAGGAGAGUCGAGGGAUCACUGCCGAGAAACUCAAGGAUGCUGGCCAAGAUGUGCGGCGUCAGAUCCAACCCGAGGGACGUCUACAGAUCUUGGACGAGAUAUUAUACGUUCGGUAUAUGGAAGAGUUAUACAUAGACGGAAAGAUUAGCGGCGACACCAUGAUCUAUGUUUCACACGUUCAUCUCGAUGAGGAUUUGUUAUUCUCAGAAGUGCGGGACCAGACGGUCAACACCAACUCUCGCGAACUGUCUCUUCCGAUCAUCAAUGGCAAGCCGGAUGCUCCCAAAUCUGCCGAGGAUGGUAGCAAGAGCCCCGAGGCUCAGAAUGAAGCCCAGGCCACUGCGGAGAAAUCGCAUAACGAUAUGCCUGCACGCUCAGAUGAGCGGCGUCUACCACCCAUGGAGGUCCAACAGGCAAAACGCCCCGCAAAUCAGGACUAUUGCUAUCCUCCUUCGCCGGUGUCCAGCCACUCGAUUAGUCGAAAGAGCUCCUUAGAAAGUGGACUAUCUACAUAUUCCGCAAAUAUGGCUGCGCCGAUGCUGUCAAGUGAGCCUACCAGAGGCCCCUGUGCUCCCAGGGACCUCCAUGCAGCCGAGUCUUCAUGCAUUCCAGAUUACUUUGGCCAGCAAAUGGCCGCUCCAUCUGCUGGACAAAAUCCCCAAUCUGGUUAUUGGAAUCUUCCUCCCACCCAUGCGUCGCUUCCAUACAAUGGAUACUAAUGAUAGGGAGUUGAGGACACGACCAAACUCCCUUUCUACCAACGCGCUGUAUAUAUUCUACGGUCUUUCUUGUACCAAGAUUCUUAUCUCCCGGUCAUAGCACUUGCACUUUCCCUUUGUUGUAUUUCUCUUUCUCUCUUGGUGUUUUCUCGGUUUGGAAGCUGGCUGCGCUCAAUGUACACGGGAUUAUGUAGCAUUCAUGUGGCGCAGGUGGCAUAUAUAUAAUUCUUGUGGUAUGGGACAUUUUUCCUUUGUUAUCCUCCGUUACCCACGACUGGCUGUGAAUAUGAGAUCAAGUAACAGAAGAAGAGCGCUAUAUCUUUU